AUGGUUAAUCCACCUAUGCAAGAGGUAGUGAAGAAGGAGAAUCUUAAGUGGUUGGACGACGGGGUCAUAUAUCUGAUUGCCGAUAGUAGUUGGGUUUGUGGUGUUCAGUGUGUGCCCAAAAAAGGGGGAACGACUGUGGUCCCCAAUGAGAAGAAUGAGCUUAUUCCGAUGAGGCCGUUGAAAAGAUGGAGAGUUUGUAUGGAUUAUCGGAAGUUAAAUGCAUGGAGAGAGAAGUACCAUUUUCUUAUGCCCUUCAUGGAUCAGAUUUUGGAUAGGCUUGAAGAAAAGGGGAGGUACUAUUUUCUUGAUGGUUAUUCGAGUUAUAACCAGAUCUCUAUUGCACCGGAGGAUCAAGAGAAAACCACCUUAACUUGA